CCGUUUGGCGCGAAAAUUGCACCCAAACUCAGUACUCACAAAUUAGGGUUUUACUUUCCUAUCAAUUCACUCUAAAAAUUCCUGUCAACAAUGUCAAAUGCCUUUGAUCAGCUGGAAGAAAUCAAAACUCUGAUAUCUUCAAACUCCAAGCAAAACAAAUCAUUCGGUUACUCUUCUCUCUUGCACUUUCAAGAACAGUCCACUAGUAUUCCGUCCGCAGUUCAAGCUGUUGCUCAAAAUGUCCGCUCUCUAAUCGCUUCAAUCGUCUGCGAUAUCUCUGAUGAUAAUGAAGAAACUGCAGCACAGGCUUUGAAGUGCUUGGGAUUUAUGAUUUACCAUCCAUCUCUUGUCGCCACAGUUUUGGUGGACGAUGCCAGUUUUGUUUUACAGUCAUUGACCAAACUUAUAAUGGCCACGAAAUUGAAGUCAGUUUGUAAUUUAGGUGUGUGGUGUAUAUCUAUCCAACAAUUGAAUGCGUCAUUUCUUGCUGCCCAUUUCCAUUCACUGUUGCGAGCUGUUGUUUAUGCCCUUGACAAUCCUAUUGGUUCUUUGUCAACAACAUUUGAGGCUUUACAGGCUGUGAUGAAGUUAGCUGCUCAAUUAAGUGAAAAUAUGAGAGAAUUGUCACAUAUCUGGGUUCUUCCAAUAUGUAGAAGACUUCUUAACAGUGAUAAGAAAGAAAGGGACAUGUCAGAAAGAUGUUUGUUGAAGAUUAAGUCCACAAUGUUUCCUCCUACACUGGCUCUGUCUAAGGCACUUGCUGAAGAGAUGAAGCAAAAUUUACUGAGUAGGAUGAAAGAUCUUAUAAACCAAGACGUGAAGAUUCAAACUAUCCAAGCAUGGGGAUGGUUCAUCUGCCUACUAGGGUCUCAUGCUAUGAAGAAAAAUAGACAUUUAAUGAAUGACAUGCUAAAAGUUCCUGAGCUGACAUUUCCAGAUCACAACCCACAAGUCCAGAUUGCUUCACUGGUUGCCUGGGAAGGUCUUAUUGAUACUCUUAUUCACCUGCCAACACUACCUUGUGCGACAAACAGAGAUGUCGAGAAUGGCUAUCAAAAUUUGAGAACACCUAGAGGAAAUAUUCAUGACAUCCAAGAAAAUGCAGUUCUCAAAAGCAUAAAGCUAAUAAUGACACCUCUAAUAGGCAUCAUUUCAAGUAAAUGCGAAGUAUCUGUUAGCUCAUCCUGCAUGAAUACGUGGUGUUAUCUGCUACAUAAACUCGAUACCUGUAUUAACCGCCCAUCAGUGAUAAAAUUGGUGUUGGAUCCUUUCCUGGAAGCAGUUUUUCAAAAUGGACCUCAUGGUAAGAAUAUUUGGUCAUGGAAUCUCUGCCUAGAACUGCUUGAUUAUUUUAUACUUGCCAAGUUCAAAGAUGUGAACUGUGGCACAAACGGCCUGAUAACUGAUAAUUUAUCGGCUAGAACCUCUGUGCUUGGACCUUCAACAUCAGGUAAAUACUACUGGAAGCUGUAUCCGAUUAAAUGGUUGCCAUGGGAUCUUAGUCAGGUGGACUUCUUUAUAAAUAUGAUUAGUAUUAUCACUUGUCACCUGUCAAUGGAAAAAGUCUCCUGUGAAGACAGAAAUUCAGCAUGUGGUGCUGUUUUGAAGAUAUUUAGAUCUGUUAUAAAAGCAGUCCAAAUGGAGUUAAAAAAUUUGGCUAUUGAUUACAAGGAUAUAAUGUUGUGUUUGAACUCCAUAUUAAGGUUCACAGCUAAGAUAUGUGAAGAUUUAUCUUCAGAAGGAAAACGAAGUAAUGGCAUGCAUCAUGCUUCUCUGUCAUUUAUUGAGGCUGUUAUUGAGGAGUUAGAACCUUCAAUCCUUGGAUCCCCUUUAUACAAGGUGGCAAUAGACCUCAAGUGCAUUGAAAACCAAUUAUCUGGUAAUGACAUUAAACAUGCAAAAGUUCUAGGUAUGAGUUUUGUCACUUACAUGGAUAUGGUUUCACCCUUGGUUUACUUAAUGGUCAUCUACAUCUAUGAGUUGGUUGGUUUAACUUUGAAUAAACCCAAAAUGGAGUUUAUUAUGCAAAAAUCUCACAAGUUCUUAAAAUUUUUAUUUUCUUCUUGUGAUCCUCUGGAAGUUCUUCUAGCUACUAAUGGUUUAUUGUAUGAACACACAAGAUAUGGCCGCUUGCAGAUAUGGGUUGCAAUAACUGAAGAGCUAAAAGAGUGGAUAGAUAGUGUGAAAGAUCUCUCAUUCUUAAAUAAGGAAUCUGACAGUACAUAUUGUCUUGCCAUUUGCCAUCUCUUGUCCUACCCAUUUUUUAUAUACCGUUGUCUUCUACCGACCUCAACCCCAGUCGAAGUCAGAAGCUCCUUAGAAGAAACUCCUGUUUCAUCAGAGAGAAGUCUUGAGCUUGAACUGGUUAUUGAAGUGUGGAAGUCACUUUAUGCUUCUGUUAGUACCUCAAAAAUUGAAUAUUCCACGAGGAGCAGUUUCCCUGAGGACCUGUGUUCAGUAAUAAAUGGGUGUCUUGAUGAUAGUACUAGCAUGCUUGUGUCUAGUACUGGGAUCAAUUCAAGUAAUGAGGAUCUGGAUCUUAAUCUUUUAUGUUUAUCUGGUGAUGUUGUGAUCUUUAUCCUGGAGCAUAUCACGACUUCGGAAAUAAGUUCAAGGUCGGCCAAAACUGAACUUGAUGGUGGCUGUAAAAUCUCUGGUGAAAUCAACAAUAUCUUGGGACUUGCUGCCAGGUUCUUGAAGUUGUCGAGGAUGAAGAUAGGAUCCAAAUCGUUAAAUGGUCCCCGGACUUCAAGGGUGUUUUCCGCAUUGGCAAGCUUCGUUAAUUGCCUAGUGUUCCAGGAAAAUAUUGUUUCAUUUUUCAAGAUAAUUUCCUGUCCGCUGCUUCACUGGUUGUCAGGUAUCGAAGUACAGGAUCAAGCCACCAAUGAGCAACUUCAAAGACUAUGGGCUGAAACCUUGAAUUCUUUACAGAAGAGUAGGCCACCAAUAAUCUUCAAUUCUGCCUUCCUCAAACUCCAGGCAUGCCUCCUUGAGAAAGCACUUGAUCACCCAAGAUAUUCCAUUUCAGAACCCACUGUUUCCUUUUGGAACUCCACAUAUGGUAAACAAGUGGAGUUGGAUUACCCUCAAAACUUGCUUCACGUCUUAGACAAGCUCUCAAGAAGUGGAAGAAUAAACCUCUACACAAGAAACCAACCAUUGCUAAAGAGAUGCCAUUCUGGAAUAGAAGACACUACAACUCCACAGAAAUACAAGGUGACUGCAACACAUAACAGGAGCUCGAAAAGGGUAGAAUUAAUAGAGGAAAUGAUAAAUAUAACUGACCACAGGGGUCAACUGUGCCCUAGUCCAAAAAGAAAGAGGUUGACACUCACUGAACAUCAAAAGGAGGUAAGACGAGCACAACAGGGAAGGGAAUGGGAUUGUGGAGGACAUGGUCCUGGAAUUCGGACUUAUACAAGUGUUGAUUUUUCUCAAGGAAAUGAUGAAUCACAAGAGACUCAAGACUAUUAGAAUUCUCAAAACAUCAUCGAUGUAAAUGUUCUUUUGUGGAUGGUUAUGCGGAAGUGUUGUAUGUAAAUCAGUAAAUUAAUAAUAUGAAUUUUAUGGCAGAAUCAGGUGGCCCUACUUUCGAAUGUAAUGUCAGCCAUAACCAUCAUCUUCAG